AAACGUCAUUUCCUGUCCUGUUGUUGUGUUGUGUUUUGACUUUUCCCGCGGAUUGCAGUCAGACAAGGCACGGUGGGAAGUUUGUCUCGGUCUUUGCGGAAGACUCGUUUUAAAGCAUUAAUAUCAUCGUCAGGUUAAUACAUCAUCAUAAUGACGGUCGGUAGUUUAACUCCGGGCUUUGCCGUGAUGAUGAAGAGGACGCUUGUGUCCUUAGUGUUGAUUUUACGGGGUAUUGAAACAGGAGCAUCUCCUCUUUGCCCAGAGCAGAUCAUAAAUGCUGUAGUUGGUGAGGAUGUGGAUCUGCUGUGUCCCCUGGUUCUCCAGAGUGGGGCUCCUUCUGCUGCAAAGUGGAGUAAAGGCGACCCCAACAAUGAAGUCACUAUCACUGGACUUCAUUUGGACCACGCUGGUGACCGGGAUCACAGCACAACUCGCUUCUAUGAAGACCAGAGCAGAGGGAUCCUUCGGCUGCUCUCAGUACAGCUGUCUGAUAGCGAAACAUACAUGUGCUCUGUUCCCGGUCAGAAAGCCAGAUGUAUUAUUCAGCUCACUGUUGAUCAGGUCAUAGAGGCAGAAGAAGGUGACGACGUCUCGUUAGAAUGUCAACAAGAUGCCGAAGUCAGUUUGGAGGAUUCACUAGUGGAGUGGAGUAAAGACAACCGCACGAAUCUUGUCCAUGUUUAUAGACAUGGACGAGACUAUCUUAAUGACCAGAAGGAAGAGUUCAAAGGCAGGACAACCCUCUUCCAUGAAGGAUUGAGCCGAGGAAACGUCACCCUGCAGCUCCGCUCUGUGCGUCUGUCUGAUAGUGGAAGAUUCAGGUGCUAUGUGAAAAAACUGGACCUCUAUCGUUAUAUUAUCCUCAAAGUCGUGCAGAAAGGCCAGAACAACCCAACACAAGAUUUCAGUUCAACUCCACUUCCAGUGGAGACAACAACUGAACCAAAUGUUCCUGAUGGUGGAAGGAGUCACCUUCUCAUCAUUAUUCCUGCUGUCGGCUUCAUCAUUUGUAUUGGUUUACUACUGCUGAUGAAAUGUGGAAAGAAAUGUUGGAAGGAGCUCAGAGGAAGAAGGAAGCAAACAGCAGAGAUGACGACAAGCGGCUCCGAAACGGAAAAGCUGAACACCCUGAGCGACGGAAACGGAGACGAGGACCCGAACGUCAUGAGAGACGAGCAAAAUAUCAACAAUCCUGUCCGCUCUUCUAAUUCAUCAGAGGGGGGAGGGGAGGGGCGGAUUGAUGGAUGUAGUCGAGUCAUUUCAUCUGCUGAACUCUGUCUGUAGAACAAAUCAUGCAUAAACUGGCAAACUUAAUUUAAUUCUGUGCAAUAUUAUGUCUUUAAAUCAGUGUUUUCAUGUUCUUCCUUUGCUUUGUGGAAAUGUUUAUUCUAUUUUCAUGGUCAUGUUUUAUGUGUGUUUUAUCUCUUACACUGUAUAUUCCAUUUAUAGCACUUUUUCCUUUCUAUUUAUUCACUUUUGUAUUAUAUAAAAUCAUUUGGUUGUUGACACAGCAGAUUAAAUCCACAUUACGGGUUUUGUAAUGUUCUUUAUAUGUGGAUAACAGUUAUCCAGAUUACAAUGUCUAUGAUUUGACAUGAGUUUGGAGUUUGUUUUUUUUUUGGUUCCUUGAAGCUGGUUUAAACUUAAUUAGAAGCUGUUGUCAUAGCAACGAAUCCCUAAACCCAAACCUGCUACAGUGCAGUUUAUUGACAGUCAGCUGAUCAUGACCAAGAUGUUUUAGGGUGAACUUGUUUUCAGAUAGUAUCCCAAACUAAAUUUAAAUUCCUUUUUUAGUGAACAAACUUUCAAUGUAGUUCUAUAUAUUUUAUUGUGUAUAAAUAAACUCUUUAUUAUAAAGUAUUAUUAAUUGAGAUAAGUACACUGAUAGAGCCGAACAAUUUCCUAGAUUCAUAAUCAAUUAUUUCAUCAUAAAAAAAGAAAGUUAGACAUUUGUAUGACAUAAUUUGACUUUUAAACACUAAAAUAUAUUAAAUGAUUAACAGCACAACUCAUUUUGCUGAUGUGUAUGUAACUAAGGUCUCCCUCUUUAUUUGGUGAACUCAUCCUAUAAAUUCCUCCUCCACUCAAA